AUGAAGCUGGUGAAAUGCCAGUACUUCAUUUGCUUACGUGGCCUAAGAUUCCCUAAGAAGACUACAAAUUAUAUUCUAGCCAAAAAGAAGUAUGAGUGGACCAGCUCAGCCGUUGGGAAGAAGAGGAGGAGGAAGAAGAAGGAGGCCUAUUUUAGUUACAUGGGGAAAAUCCUAGAGCAAACCUACCCAGACUUCAGUGGGUGCUCCUGGGUCUUGGAUGCACUGGGUCUGGAGGCUUGGCGGCUGGAAUGGGUCAGCCUGGAGGCGGUUAGGCUGUCCUUCUGCAACCACAGGAGAGCCGUCACCAGCAGAGAGAUCCUUGAAGCAGUCAAGUGGAGAUCCUCUUGGAAGAGCUUUUGA